UGAGGGCGCGCGGAAAGAACUGGAGAAAGCUCUCUCCUUGCCCCACCCCUUCCGGGCCAGUCUUCCAAGCGGAAGGAAGAGGUUUCUGAGGCGUCUGCGUGCCUCUCUAUUGUUGUUGACGACGCCAUGUUCCCCCGGCAGGGUUACUGGCCGCCCACGCCGCCUCCUUCGGCCUGCGGGGGGUUCCGGAGCCCUCCUCCGCCGGGCGGGCCUUCCCCGCAAGGCCUCCGGAGCCCUCGCUACACGCCACCGCCUUACGGGCCUUACGACUGUCCCGUCCGCUCGCCGCGUUUCCAGUCGGGCGGCGAGGGCGUUGGGCGGUUCGGCGUGGCGUCUCCGCCGGGGCCUCACACGCCACGAAGGCCCUACGACGGGCGCUCUCCUCAGCAGUACCAGCACCAGCCACCCUUCAAGCAGCCGCUCUCUGGGGGCUACCAACGGAGAUACAGCCAGGGUUCACCCAGGACAUCUACUCCAUUUGGUAGACUGCAUGGCAGAGAGAAAAGAGUGUCUAAUGAUGAUGUGGAAAAUUAUUACAAACCUUCAAUGCUCGAUGACCCAUGGGCAGGCCUAGAGCCUGUAUCUGUUACAGAUGUUGACCAGAAAUUCAGCAAUGAUCAGACAACAUACACUGGUAAAAAGGGAAGAUACUUCAGUUGACAUUUCUAGCAGUGGAAUAACACAGCUUUGAAAAACUGGGACAUGUAUAAAAUACUCAUAUUUAAGAUACCAUACAAUGAAGGACUUGGGUAUGCUUUUAUUUUGAUUACCCAUAUUUUUUUAGUCCACCCGUUUUACUACACCAUGUACUUUUCUAUGGGAAGAAAGUUAUAAUGAGACUCAAUGCUCCUAGUUAUAUGAAAGGGAGCUGCCAGCUAUGAAGACUAAAGUAUUCCUUGGUCACCAGCAAUUAAUUGUGACAGUUUCUGAUGUUUACUUCUUCCAUACCACAUUAUAUAAUGUUUAUAGUUGUAAACUUAGAAUUCUACGUUUGAAUUGUUUUAGAACUAAGACAGAUUUGCACUGAAGUAAAUGCUUUAUAGUGCCCAAAACUUAUUUUUCUACUGUUAUUAAGUCAUACUUUGUGUAAUACAAUUGAAAUUCCAUGUUUCCUCUGGAGACAUGUAGGCUGUACAUGCUUUUGUAUACAGUCUUGCUUGUUGAAUUCUAGCAUUAAAUGGCUUUAGCAGAUUUCAUGUAGGUAUUUUCUUCAGAGAGUGAUUUGUAACUGCCUAUUUUCAUGUUUAUGGCAUUCUUUAUAGUAGCAAAAGCUUGCUAGUUUUGCAGCAAAAUAUUUUAACAGUUGAAAUUAUAUAAAAAAUUACUUGAUUAAAAGAAAACUAUUAAGAAUA